AUGGCUCCGGAUCCGGAUUUGGCCGGUGGCGAGCAGGCGGAGACGCCCGACGACGAGGUCGACCCCACCGGCCGCUACUUCCGGCUACAAAGGCUUCGACGUGGUGUAAGUCAUCGAGGUGUCAUGGGCCAAAGUCUCCAGCACAAGCACAUCCUCAAGGUCUACGCCUCAUGGCUCGACAAGAAGAAAAGGACCGUCAAUAUCGUCACUGAGCUGUUCACGUCCGGCAACUUGAGAGAGAGUGUAAAUAUGACAUAA